AUGUAUGCUACUACUUCCUUUGUUUCACCACUUCUUCAUGACCUUGAAAUUUUUCACUCAAGAAGGAUGUUACUUCACUCUCCAAUUAACCAACCAUCAAAUUUAGCUAACUCUCCAAUUUCCACAAAUCUCCAUGAUUCGAGUAAAGAAUCAUCCUAUCUUGGAGAUGGUAAUUUUGAUGCAAAUGUUGUUAUGGUACUUUCUGUCCUAUUAUGUGCUCUUAUUUGUUCACUUUGUUUGAACUCAAUCAUAAGGUGUGCAUUAAGGUGUUCUAAUUUAGUCGUCAUGAGCGGCGGCGGCGGUCAUCACGCUAAUACUCCAGCUCUAGCGACAAACACUGGAAUAAAAAAGAAAGCUUUGAAGACGUUCACUACGGUGAGUUAUUCGCCCGAGUUGAAUCUACCGAGUUUAGACUCUGAAUGUGUGAUAUGUUUAUCGGAGUUCAUUAACGGUGAUAAGGUGCGUCUUCUUCCAAAGUGUAACCACGGAUUUCACGUUCGUUGUAUUGACAAAUGGCUAAGUUCGCAUUCGUCGUGUCCUAAAUGUAGACAAUGUCUCAUUGAGACAUGUAAGAAAAUUGUUGGAUCACAAGGUAGUUCAUCUCAAUUAGCACAACCUAUGUUGUUUCCGGUGCCGGAAACAAUUGUAACAAUAGUGCCACUUGAACAUGAAGGUUUGGUGAGAAACUAUAGGGAGGUUAGCUAG